AUGCGCACGCCCGCACUCCCGUCUUGCCAGAUCCUGUUCUUCGACAAGAACCCGAUAGGUAGGGUGCUGAACCGAUUCACGAGGGACAUGGAGUACAUUGACAUGCAGAUCGUCCAGAACAUCAGCCAAUUCGUCAACACGUUUGGAGGCCCCACCACGACGCCGGCCAGAGAGAAGAAGGACACGGAGCAGCAGCAGGAUGGCGACUGGGAUGCGGACGGCGAAGAAGACAUAUAA